GGAACUUGUCAGUUUGUACUGAUAUACCUCACGUCCACCAAGCCGAAUUCUGCUUGUCUUGAUGUAGUUCCUCUCUUAUUCUCCGGAACAGAUACCUUUCAGGGUAAAACGCUCCAAGCGUCCUCGAACUACGACUUCUCGAUAUUAUAUGAACAAUGGCUGGUUUUAGCCAAGGCCAUCAACGCACACUUCUCCCUGCCACCGAACUACCGCCUGCCCCUAAACCCCGCGUCGUUCUCCCGCAUUACCCCAGAGUCGGUGUCACGAUUGCCUGUGAAACCUGUCGAAAGCGAAAGAUCAGAUGCAAUGGGAAUCGGCCUCGCUGUAAAGGCUGCAUCCGAGCUGGGUCAGAAUGCAACUACGCGCCCAUGAAUAAAGAUCACGAGUUACGACAACGUUACGAACAUCUACAAAUCGAAAAGACGGAUUAUCAAAAGCUUAUCUACUUACUUCGAUCACGAGACCACAAAGAAGCGCAUGUCAUUCUUGAUAUGCUACGGCAAAACACGAGCGUACACGAGGUUCUUAGCCAGGUUGAGCACGGCGAUAUGUUAUGCGAGCUGUCUCUUGUGUCUGAAGAGAGAGUGUGCAAUAGCUCAAGCAGGUCACGAGCCAUCGAGAGCCCUCGUUCACUGCAAUCGGAGAGCGACUGAGUAGGCUUUUCGAUAUACACUUCCCAGAUUUAGCUUUCUUUUAGCUAUCGACCUGUUUAUCUGAGGUCCUCGUCACUAUCUACAAGAACUACUCUUGCACAUCUUGAUACACAAUUUUGCCCUACCUUGCCGCUUCAUCACCUUCUUUGAUAUUCCUGCAUUCUUGAGCAUUGCGCGCUUCCGUAUUAGACUCUUGCUGACUCAGAUCAAGCAACAUCGUCACCACAAACUUCACUUCACCGAUUAGCUUCGGGUCCCCGAUACUCUCAGGCACAGGCUCCUAGAAACGAAUACGACACCACAACGGCACGAACACCAUUUUAUACUGUUCGCAACACGAUCAGGCAAUGGAUGAAUGAAAUAUUUUGACGGCCGAUCCGGAUACCAAGAUCUUAUCCAGGAAGGGCAUAAAUCGCCCUAACAUCGAUCGCACUGGGGUGGAUCAUGGAACACGAUUCACGAACACAACAUCAGGGAGCCCUUUGCCUCAUGUAUCAGGACACAUUACGGAACUUCUUUGCAUCAUAUACUUUUAUAUUGCCUUUCUCUUCUUGAAAUGCUGCUGGAUACUUCAAAAUAAGAACCUUGCUGCAUCAUGGCGUUGUCUCAGCUUGUCCGCAGAAACAUCACGGAUUAAGAGGAUUCUCAUCAAAGAGCUAUAAAUUUUCUCUGUCGAGGAUAAACUAUCGAAGCAAAUUGCUAGAAUGAGCAUGUCGGUGGAUGAUGGGUUGGCCAGCUUGUAAGGUACAUACGGACUUUAUGACGGGCUCGCUGGAGGGAGAUGGGUUCUGCAGAUUGCAAAGGGAUAGUUGAACAUUGUCGGGUUUUCGGUUUCAUAACUAGUGAACUGUAUAUACAUAUAUAUGACCUCGAUUGCGGAAACAUUUCGCAGUAACAUCAGGCUUUGCCAGUCAGUAUCUUCACUCAACUGGCACAAUCAAGAA